AUGACUUACGAGAUGGCUAUCAGAAUUUUAAAAGAAUAUCAUAGGAUGUGUUUUGCUAGAGGUGAAUAUGAACAAUGCGAAAUAGGAAAGAAAGCAAUGUUAUUAUUAAAAUUUCAAAAUGAGAAGAGACAUAUAGAUAAUAUUAAGCGAAUACAAUUAAAGGAAAGAGAAGAAAUAGAUUCAGCAUUUGAACAAGAAGUAAGAGAAGUAAAAGAUCGAUGGGAAGAAAAGAUCAAUGGUCUGGAACAAUCCUUUGACGAUACAAAACAAAGACUUGCUGAAAAGCAUGCUAAAGAAUUAGAGGAUUUUGAACAAAAAUUCUUUGAUGAAAUAGAACGUAAAUACAAUCCAAAGACGAGAGAUUUAAUUACCUUGAAAAUGAUGGAGGAAACUCUAGCAAGACAAGAAUUUUAUUUCGAAGCAAUAUCUGUAAGUAGUUCAUCAUCAUUCCGAGCAAAAAACCUUAAAUAA